AUGUCCGAACCCAAGCCUGCAUGCGGCGUGCCUUGUUGUGGUCAAGUGGCGGGUCUAUCAUACCCAGCUCCCUUCGCUGGACCUUGUAAUGGCGUCUGCAUCGGCCCUUGUGUAAAUUGGCCAUGUGAACAAUUUGUUUGUGACAGGAAACGAGUCGGUUUUGGCUCGAAGCCAUCAGAUAAAGACAGGAAACGACGCGAUCUUGCGAAAGAUAAGAACCUCUUGCACUUAACAAGUUCACCGAAAGGGCCGACGGGUGAGCAGCAACAACCUUGGACACAGGGUAGACUGCAUGAGGACAUGGGUGGGUCACAACCUCCCGGACACCUGGCGAAGGUUCCGAUGGUGAAGCAACGGUAG